CUGGCUGGAACUGCGCUUUUCGCUUCAGAAUUUAUUAAAACAACGCUAAAUCCAAACAAAAGCCUAAAAUGAGUGACUCCUCCGAUAUAGAAGACUCCUCCUAUCACUCCUUCGAUAGAAGCAAGUCGUCCGACCACUUGGACGCUUCGUCGUCGUGUGGCAGCGAAAAUGGCAGUGAAGAUGCCCUGCAAAACCUUGAGGCGCAGACCUAUGGCCUCUCGCUGGCGUCGUCAUCAGAGGACAGCUACACUAUUAAGUCGUCCAACUGCACCACCAUAACAGACCACGAUUCUUCUAUUGAAAAUGGCGAUGAGACUUCGGUUGUGGAGCCACAGAAGCAGAGGAAGCCAAAGGGGAAGUUGUCGAAUUGGCAUAAGGGUUCGGGGAAAAUCAGUCCCCGAAAAAUGCCCCCAGUGUCGUAUGUGCUGCCCAAUGUGGAGGCAUUCAGUUUGGAUCGACCCACAUCGACAUUGAAGGAACGCGUAGUAGCCGGCACCAGCCGGAAAAGUGAGGCGACGCAAAAGAUUUUGUAUACUGGCAACUGGGUAGACUCCCAGCUAAUUCAGCCCAAAUGCAAAGUGUCGCCUCGUAAACAGUUUGAUUUGGUCUUUGAUGCCUACAAGAAGAAUAAAAGUGCGAACAACUACGCGUCUACUUCUACAUUUGAUCAGCCGAAGGAGACUGCUAGCACUCAGCAGACAGUCUCCUCGAAUCAGUCGAAGCCUGUGGAGGAGGAGGAGGAGGAGGAAUAUGUAUCGCCUUUCAAAGAUAUGCCACCACAGCCCCGUCCAAAGGAAUCACCACUGCUGGCUGGCCAAAAGAAGCCACUUGUCCUUCCUGCUGGCUAUGAUCUGAGCUCCUUGCAAGUAAUUAAGAAUCCGAAUCACUGGUCCCUUCGUCCAGGCGUUCGUACUGGCGAUAUAAUUUAUUAGUAGUACAACAGCCGCCGCGUACACAUAUGAAUAUCAAAUCUCUCAUUUUCAAUAAAGGCCAAGGAGACCUUACCAAAACAAUUAAAGCGCCAA